UGGGGGAGAAAGUGGUCUCCCUAUCGUAUCCCUCCACCAUCUUCAAAAGAGUUGGGAUGAAGCUUUAGCAAAGACUGCUGAAGCAUGGGCAAAGAAGUGUAAAUUCAAGCACAACUCGUGUUCAACACAAGUAUUUAAAUGCCAUCCAACUUUUCAAUUUGCUGGAGAAAAUCUCUGGUUAGGUCCAUUAACCGCAUCUGUAACAAAAUUUGCUGUUGAUAUGUGGUAUGAUGAAGGAAAAUUUUAUCAUUUUAGUACAAAAUCAUGUUCCAAAAUUUGUGGCCAUUAUACACAGGUAGUUUGGGCCUCUUCAUUUAAAGUUGGUUGUGGACUUGCAAUUUGUCCAAAUCUUGGGAGCCCUGACACUGCACUAUUUGUAUGUAACUAUGCACUUGUAGGAAACUACCCAAAGGUGUCCCCUUACAUUAGUGGAACACCCUGCUCUAUGUGUGAAGGAGAUACUUGCGAAAACAAACUCUGCCGUAAUAAAGAACGUGAUAAACAUCAUAGAUAUCCAAGUUGGAACCCAUCAGGGACACGUCAGCUGAUAGCAUGUAAUCCAUUGUACCUAAUUUCUGUCCUUCUGACAAUAUUUUAAAUGUCUUUUAUGUACAAGGGAAAUUCUCUGACAUGACAAUAAAGAAAUAGAUUAUGGUUAACUGUAACUCUUACCUGUUUAAUUACUAAGGCUUCUAAAUGCUUUAUCUGUUAUCUAAAUUUAAUGUGUUUUUAAUUCAAAAGAUGUACUAUAAUAUAGAAGGGUAGCAAUAAAACAAAGCAAAACAUAAGUAACUUAAAAAUUAUUUUACAUGUAUCAAGAGUCUUGUUCUCUAAUAUUCUAGAUGGUCUUUUAGUUAGAGUACACUUAAAGAAUUAAACAUUUCAGAUAGUAGGUAUUUUCCUUAAAUGCCAGUAGUUCUCUUAAGAGUUCCCUCGUUAUUCAGAAACAAAAAUGUUAUUAAGGAAAGUUUCAAAUAGCCUGUAAUGUUAUAUUAUGGUCAUAGUCAAUAGUUGGGGAAAAUGAUGAGAACAGUUAAACUCAAAAAGGAAGAAUUAGGAAAUUUUAAUCUCUUUUAGGAGAUUUUAUUUUUAAAUGUACCCUGUAUACAUAACAGGAUGCAGGUAUACCUUUUAAAGUCCUGUACAAAAUUAUCUGUAGUAUAAUUAACAACAUCUCUACAAACCAAAAAACUCGUGCAUUCUGGCAUUUUUUUGUCUGAAGACCAAAAAAAAA